ACAUGAGAGUGACAAAAGGUCCGAAUUAUAUUUGGAUGAACGGUCCCUUAAGGAGAAAGCUGUAUCUCUACACAUUGCAUUAGUUACUGUGUGUUGAGUGAGUUAAUCUUGUACAUUUCAGAGCCUGUUUAAUGACAUCUUCACAACAUGAGCUGCGCUUUAAAUGUUUUUUGUCCCUAGGUCCCAGUCCCUGCUGUGGGUUCCUGAUCCAUUGUGGUGCUCCCCUGAUCUGCCGUGGUGGUCUUCUGCUCUGUCUGCUCCACUGUGGAGGUCUCUGGCCCUGUCUACUCCGCACUGGUGGGCUCCUGCCCUGUCAGCACCGCCGUGGCAGUCUUCUGCCCUGUCUGCUCCACCCUGGUGGGCUCCAGCUCCGUCUUCUCCGCCCUGGUGGGCUCCUGCUCUGUCUUCUCCGCCCUGGUGGGCUCCGGUCUCGUCUGCUCCGCCCUGGUGGGCACCAGGUCCGUUGACUCCGCCCCGGCUUCCUGCUCGGCCGGCUCUGCCUCAGUCCCCAUUCUCUCCACUUCCACAUGGACCUGGCCCUCCAUCCCUCCCCCUGUUCCGCCUCUGCUCCACCACCCUCCUGGAUGCUGUAGGAGCGUCUGGAAGCCCCUGGAAGUGCUAUGUCACGAAUCCUGUCCAUGCACUUCCAUUCACUCACCACCAGAGGUCACCCGCUCAUCACAUGGACUCUUGCACUGCAUCACACUACUGUUGCACUUCACCAUCUAACUACAUUUCCCAUCAUCCAUCGCACAGAUCACACAGCUGUCACAGAUUACUCAUUGCACUGAUUACAGCUGAAACCCAUUAGACACGUUUUAUAAGCCUUGGACUUUCUCUCCCUCUCUGCCGAGUAUUGUAUGCAUUCAUUGUUGCCCUACAGAGCCCUGUUAGUUUUCCUAGUCUUGCCUUGCCUAUGUCGGAUUGUGUUUUCCCCUGCCUGGACUAACGCUUACAUUUUGGAUUACCUCUCUUGUCAAGCCCCUUUUGAUACUGUGCGCUGAUCGUCGACCCACGCUUGUCUUUGUUUACUCUUUGUCUCGCCCAUGUUAUACCUGUUUGCCACUGUUCGACCCUGCUUGUUAUGACCACGUCUCUGCUCGUUAAAAGCUUGCAUAUGGAUCCGCACGUCUCACAUCUCGUCAGUCCCGUAACAAUAUUAGUCUUAUGACUCAUAAUCACCUCUCCUUCCCACUCCAUUUUCCAUGAAUUUUCAUUCUGCACAUCAGUAUGAUGAGUCUCCUGAACAAAACUGACGUCAAUAUUUUUAUUUUUUUGCUUUAUCAAUUCAAACAGCAUUGCUCUUUUCCUAUGAUCCCUUGCACCAUUUAUGUUCAAACCUUAACGUUUAUUUAAAUAUCUUCUUACAGUCGGAGCUGAUACCCUUGGCAGUGCUUCGAGAUGUAGUGUGGUUAUGCUUCAGGGAACGCGAGUUUGAGUCCAAUUUUUGGGACCUUUCGUGAUCCGAUAAAUAUUUAAAUAUCUUCUAAUUAAAACAGUAUGGGUCCCUAUGCAGUUUAAAAAUAUGGAAACUGAUUUAAGUAAUUUCCAGGAAAUGCAUGGCAAAAAGCCAAGUGCAACACGGCUAUUUUGGGCUAUAGCUAUAGCCUAUGGAAAAAAUAUUUGUGUUUCGACUAUUUUCCCUAUUCAGUGUUCUAAAACAUAAAAUUAAUUUCUAAAAAUAAAUUGAUCAUACAAGUAGAGAGCUUUCAUGGCAAACGUUUAGUAAUCAUCUGAACAUGACUGACUUAAUUCAAGGUGCACUUUUUCAUUACACGGAACUCUUUAAGCAGCCUUUUUUUGAACUUCACUAAAUAAAUGUGCAUGUGCCACGCAAACCAGCAAAAGACAAAUAAGCAAACAUGUAGGCCUUGUAGAAAAUGUAUCUGUAUCUAAGCUGAUUAUUAGCCUACUCUUGACAGAGAGCUGGAUUAGUUUUUGAGAGACACGCAAUGCAGCUGUUUGAUUGGUGAUCGCGCUGUGCUUAGUCCAUUCAUUCGCGCAUCAUAUUGUAGCCUAUAAGGUUUAAAUCAUUGCCUUUUAAAUAUACACAAAUAAUAGAACGUGUAUGAUGUAUUAUUUUAGUUGAUAUUACUCUUGCCAAGCUCUGAUUUCUGAGAGAUGCACGGAGAGACAAUAGCAAGCUGUGUUUGAUUUGCGCUCUUUUAAUUCAUAAAGUUUAAAUUCAUUCACUUCACACACUCAUUAUUGCGUGACUUUAGAGGUUUGUGUAAAAUAUCGCGCUGAUCCCCUGGCUCACCUGUUAUCUAGCAAACACCAGAUUGUGCUGCAGCCUCAGCCGAAUAUUCGGGCAGAAUUACUCGUUAUCCGUUAUUCAUUUUUGAAGGCAUUAUCCGUGCCUUUCCGAAUAAGGUAUUCGGCUUUGGGAACAUCCCUAAGGGAAACUUUACAAAUGUCUUGAAACAAAAUAUCUGAACAAUGUUUUGAGUCAAGUCAAGUCACCUUUAUUUAUAUAGCGCUUUUACAAUACAGAUUGUGUCAAAGCACUUAACAGUAUCAAAUUGGAGGAUAGAGUGUCAGUAAUGUAUAAUGAUAAGAUUAAACACUCAAUUUUCAGUUAAAGGCAUUUCAUUAUUGAAUUCAGAGAUGUCAUUGUCUAGCUCAGUU